ACAUACUGGGCUAGGAAGAUUUUUUUUAAAUUUUAUGUAUCAAUAAUAUUUGAAGAUGGCUUACAGGUCCUUGCGGUUUUCCCCUUCCAAGGGAUGGAAAUUGGAAGGGGGCGGUAAAUACGGGAGGAACCCUCACCACGGCCACCAUUUGUCCAUCAUCUCCCGCAGGAUCACCAUGCUGAACAGGAUCUUCGUCGCAGCCGCCCUCCUAGGCAUCGCGCUCGCCGCAGAUACACCUCCUUAUGUGAAACACUGUAAAGGAACGGAUCCAAAGCUGAUAGACUGCUUCAUAAAAGCCCUUCACCACAUUAGGCCGUACCUGGCCAAAGGAAUCCCAGAGAUCCAGAUGCCGACUGUCGAGCCUUUUAGAAUGGACGACCUCUCUCUGGCGCUUACUUCCGGCCCCAACGGAUACAAAAUCGUCCUGAGAGACAUGGACAUUUACGGAUCCAGCAAUUUCACCGUUGCCAAACUCAAAUUGGGAAGUGCUACGACACCUUUCGAGGCCAAAAUCAAAAUCCCAAAAAUGAGCAUCAAUGCCAGAUAUACGAGCUCAGGAGUUUUGAUCAUCUUACCAGCCAGCGGCAACGGAACUUUCAACGCUAAUUUAGGUGACAUUAUUGCGACGGUCAAGGGCACAACUAGUCACAUGACAAAGGACGGAAAAGACUACUUACACGUUGAGAAAUUAGACGUCGACCUUUCAAUUAAAGACGCCCGAAUGGCUGUGAGAAAAAUUUUCAACAACAAUAGGAUACUGACCGAAGCAACGAAUCUAUUCCUGAGAGAAAACGGUCAAGAGAUCCUCAGGAUCAUGAUGCCCCAGUUGAAGAUGAAGCUAGCGGCCGUUUUCAAAAGAGUGUCAAACCAACUUUUGAGCAACGUUCCCGUUGAAGUUUUCUACACUGAUGUUCAAGUCCUUUCCCCCUUGGAAAUGUUUAUUUAUAACCCUUCUGUGACAUUUUGGUGAAAAGAAAACCUUAUCUUGUCACGACCUUUCGCCCGGAAAGUGCACCCUCUUAGCUUAUAUUAUUUAUUUAUAAGUUUUUGUUUUAAGAUUCAAAAAAGCAUUUUUCUCCAUUACAAAUACCGGUUAGAAAAUGUUACUUGCUGAUAUUCUUGCACACCUAAAAUAUCUUAUGUAUUAUAAGAUCACCUGAAUGUAUUCAAAUUUAUUUAAAAGUUCUUUUCAAAGACAAAACUGUUUUGAUAAACAUUUAAAAAAAACAGUAUUAUAAGUAAAAUGUUGAUUUGACCAAAUAGAAAGAUAAUAUUUAUUAUUAUUUAAUUUGUUAUCCUCCAGUAAUAUGCCACAAAACCACAGUUGAGGGAACUUCCAUAAAGUGUGCAAGAGUUAUGAUUAAAAAGAAAAAAUAAUUAAUUAGAAUAAAAUAAAAUAUUGAUGUAGGUAUAAAAUAAUAAUUAAUA